UAACAUUUUCGCUUUUUUCGUCCACCUUCUCUCUCUCUCUCCCCUUCUUGACUUCUGUUCAGACUCUCAAAGAGAGAGCGCGCCUGCCUGCAAGCCUCAGCACACAGAGAGAGAAUUCGAGGAAGAAGAAAAGCAAUUCACAAACCCCUAUAGAGACUCGUUUUACUGAUUCCCCAUGGAGAAGAAUCUCUCCCACCACCACUCUCGUAACCACUCUCUCCCGAAGAAACCUCUCAACAACGGUAACGGCGUUUACACCUCCUCCGUCAAAACACCAAACACCGUUACAACAACCACAACAUACGACGACGUUUUCGGCGGCCCGCCUCGUUUCGGCCCCCCGACUCUAUCCCCCCGCCUCGAAGACUACUGCGAAAUCUUCUCCGGCUUCAACGGCUCCUCACGCGCCGCCGUCUCCUCGAUUCCGAUCCUCGAUCUCCCCCUCGAUAAAGGCCUCUCCUUUGACGUCCGGAGAGAGAGCUUCGACUACCUCGAAGUCUUCGGAGGCUUCGACGGUCUCGAUUCAGCUCCCUCGUACGAUGAGCUCUUUAGGUCCACGGUGGCUGACGGAGAUUCCUCCGACGGUGCUUGGACUCCUGAAGAAGAAGAAGAAGAAGAAGAAGAAGUGGAGGAGAAAAGUCCUUCCUUUUCUAACGGAAGAGAUUCGUAUGACUCGAUUGAGUUCAACAUCUCUUACCACAAAGCUAAUCAGGUGAACGGCGGCACGAGCGUCUCACGUGUUGCGCCUGAUCUUGGCUCUUCUUCUUGUGUUGCUGCCUUUGAAGGCAAGGAUGCUUGUGAUCAGAAGCGUUGUUAUAGUGGAGCUACUACGUCUUGUCUUAGUGAACCUUUUGUGACGGUUUCUGAGAUUGGUUUGAAGACUCAUCCUACUGGGAUACCGCCUCCUUCGAGACCGCCUCCUGUGUUGAAGAGUGAUUUUAGGAGGUCGGCUUCUAAUUCUAGGACUACUGGAUCUGAAGGGUCUAAUGAGGAAGGUAGUUCUCCGCCGUUCUUUGAUGUUGAGGUUGAUGCGAGUUCAGCUGCUGUGAGGGAAGCUAUGGUUAAAGCUGAGGCAAAACUUAAAAGUGCAAAAGAGAUGUUUGAGAGGAAGCAAACCUCCAUGAACGGUAGAAUGAGCGAGGAAGGGAAAUCAAGCCAUGCAGCUGGUCUGGACCAUAAGUCUCUCUCUUCUCAAGGGUCUGUAAACUCUGACGGAAACGAGGAAUGGGAAGAGGCUACACAGUUUGUUGAGCUGGUGAGAACAGAGCAGCCUAGAAACGCUGAUGAGAACAGUGGUGGAGAAGAUGUUUCUUUCCCUCGUAGUGCAGGGUUCUUCGACCAGAAGCUGACGAGGCCAGCUAAUGCUGACUGGGAGAAGCAACAGAGGAGAGCAAAAGGAGACAGGGAGGAGGAUCAUGAAGCCAAGAAGUUGCCAAAACACCCUGGAGCGAGAAAAGUAGCGUCUAGGCAUAAGAGACGUGAGGACAGGCUUGUAGAAAAAGCUCCUGAGAAGUUGAGAGAUGUUGAGCUGCAAUUUGAGAUAGGCAAUAAUGUAUCUGAUCAUGGUGGGAUAGUGAAACAAAGAAACCUGAUUAGGCCAGAAGAAAGCAAGCCCUUAACUGAGAAACUUUCAAAGCAAAAGAUGGCAGACCGGAGAGCAGCUGAAAAGAAUCUGGAUAAUGUGUUUGAUUGGGAACAAAAUGCGAGAAAGCUGAGGGAGGCACUUGGUCUAUCAGAUAACGAAAGCACGCUAGAGGUUCCCCUUGGAACGAAUGGCGAAAUGGACGAGAGUGAGAGAAAACUGAAGGAGGCAUUGAGGCGGAUGGAGGAAGAAACUAGCUCUAAAGAGGAGGCUAGUGUAAAGGAAGAAACAGAAGCUUUUGAGAAGGCAGAGAAUGAGAAAAGACUAAAGGCAGCUUUGGAGCAAGAAGAGAAGCUCAAAAAGCUUAAAGAAGAGAAUGAACGGAGAGAGGCAGAGGCUCGUGAAAAGGCAGAGCAAGAAAGGAGAAGGAAAGAGCAGGAAGAGUAUGAAUUGCGGCUAAAAGAAGCCUUUGAAAAGGAAGAAGAAAACCGCAGAAUGAGAGAGGCUCGCGAAAAGGCAGAAGAAGAAGAAAGGAGAAGGAAAGAACAAGAAGAGUAUGAAAGGAGGCUAAAAGAAGCUUUUGAAAAGGAAGAAAAGAACCGUAGAAUGAGAGAGGCCCGUGAGAAGGCAGAAGCAGAGAAUGAAAGGAAAAUGAAAGAAGCACGUGAAAAGGAAGAAAACGAACGGAGAAGAAUAAAAGAGGCUCAAGAGAAGGCAGAGGCAGAGCGAAGGAUACAAGAAGAGAAGGAAAGGCAGAUUAGAGAGUUGCAAGAGAAGGAAGCGUAUGAGAGGAGAGCCAAAGAGGCUCUUGAACAGGCAGAGAAUGAGAGGAAGUUGAAAGAGGAGAAUGAGAAGAAGCUGAAAGAAGCUAUCGAGCUAGAAGAGAAAGAAAAAAUGCUGAUAGAAGCUUUUGAGAGGGCGGAGACUGAGAGAAGACUAAAAGAGGAUCUUGAACAAGAAGAGAUGAGGCUGCAAGAGGCCAAUGAAAGAGAAAGAACACAGAGAGAAAAUCAAGAGCGCCAGGAGAAGGAGAGAGACGAGAGACAAGGAGACACAUGUGAAAUGGAGAAAACGUGUGAAACCAUCAAUGAGGCUUUGGAAGAGGAUGAGAGAGUAGACAACCACGAACCAGUGAACAAAGUACUAGUGGAAGAAGAAGAAGAGGAAGGACCAAGCCAGAGAGUUUCUGUGUCCGAAGAAGCCUGUCACUGGAAGGUAUUUGAAAAGAAUCUUAAAGACGCAAGCCAAAAAGAAGGAACCAAUGAGCUGGAUACUGAAUCUGAGCAGCUGAACGGAGUAGAAUCAGGUGAGGAGUCUGCUUCUGUGACUGAAGCAAAGCUCAACCAGAAAAGCAAAACAGUUGAAGAAAGAUCAGAAGACGAGAAAUUCGUCAAAAACGGAACUGUUGGCGGUGCCAAACUAGAAAGACCACUGCCAUCUCGAGUAUUCAUGCAACGGGAGAAAGAAGCAGAGAGGCUAAAGCGAGAGCUAGACACCAAGAUGGAGAAUCUAAGAAAGAUAGAGGAAGAAAGGGAGAGGGAAAUAGAAAGAGAGAAAGAUCGAAUGGCUUUCGAUCAGAGAGCCUUGGCUGAUGCACGCGAAAGACUGGAGAAAGCAUGCGCCGAGGCGAGAGAAAGGUCUUUCCCUUCAACGGAGGCUAGGCUGAGAGCAGAACGUGCAGCAGUUGAGAGAGCAACCGCGGAAGCUCGUGAACGCGCAGCUGAAAAGGCUGCUUUUGAGGCAAGAGAUCGGAUGGAGAGAUCAGUUUCUGAUAAGCAGUUAGGUUCUUUUGGUGAGCGAACCGAGACGCAGUUUCAAAACUCAGCCUCUUUUGGUGCUUCAAGAUAUCAAAACUCUCCUGGUGCUGAUGGUGAAUCACCUCAAAGGUAUACAUCGAGACUAGAAAGGCAUCGAAGAACAGCUGAUCGUGUAGCUAAAGCUCUAGCAGAGAAGAACAUGCGUGAUCUCGUGGCUCAGAGAGAACAAGCAGAGAGAGUUAGGAUUGCUGAAACCUUAGACGCUGAAGUAAAGAGAUGGUCAAGUGGGAAAGAAGGAAACAUUAGAGCAUUACUCUCAACAUUACAAUACAUCCUCGGUUCUGAAAGCGGUUGGCAACCGUUACCGUUAACAGAAGUCAUAACAUCAGCAGCUGUGAAACGAGCUUAUAGGAAAGCAACGCUUUGUGUUCAUCCAGAUAAGUUGCAGCAACGAGGUGCAAAUAUUCACCAGAAAUAUAUCUGUGAAAAGGUCUUUGAUCUUCUUAAGGAAGCUUGGAACAGAUUCAACUCUGAAGAAAGGUAGAGAGAGUCCUUGGUAUAUGCUCAGAAGGCUUUGAUUUUUUUUUUUAUAUAAAAAUUUGUAAAGUCUUGCUUCUUGACAAAAACAAUUAUUCAUUUUAAUCUGACCAAGCUUUGAAGAA